AUGGGGAGGGGCCCCAGCGUGGGGGGAUUGCAGGUGUCCAGGUUCCUGGAUGAGGUCACUGUGCGGGUGCUGGACCCCGGGACCCUGGAGGCCUUCCGGGGGCCCAGAGGACACAGCCCAGAGCCCUCCCCGGAUGAGGAAGGCCCCGGCCUGGCCCCGGAGCCCCUUGCAGGAGCUGCAGCUCCAGAGAAGACCCUGGCCCUGAGCCCCCAGCUGUCCUCGGAGGCAGCAGCGGAGGCUGCAAGCGGAGGGGGCCAGGCCGGGCCGUGGAGACCAGUGGACCUCGCAUGGACAGUAGCAAACAAGGAGGCCGAGCUGCCUCCCCCAGGAGGCCUCCAAGCCGGAUGGCUGGCCAUGGUCCUGCUCUUCUUCAAGACGGGCAUGGAUGGCCUCUCCUGCAGAUGUCACCCUCUCAUGAUCACUUCAGGGGGUUCAGACCUUACAGAAGUCAGUGAGCAGUUUCUUUUGGCAGAGCCAGACAUACAAAAACAAACCCCUCAAGCCUCCGACCUGAGGGGCAAGGAGGAGCCCGAAGCUCUGGACGCCGCAGAGGGGAGCUGGGGACUUCUCCCACCAGGAGGGGCGACCCCCCAGCUCUCUGAGACCGCAUGCCCUGGCGGGCCCAGCGCAGCCCAGGUCCCCGCUCUGAGCAGCUCUGUCCUCUCCACCCACAGGCUGCGCAGCCCUUGGGUGCCCUCGUGCCUUGGGCAGCCCCGCGUCCUGCAGGGCCGGCUGGCCAGGUCCUCGCCCUCGCUCUGGGACAGCGCGCUGCAGGAGCAGAAGGGCGAGCUGCGCAAGCGGCUGUCCUACACCACGCACAAGCUCGAGAAGCUCGAGACCGAGUUCGACUCCACGCGCCACUACCUGGAGAUCGAGCUGCGCCGCGCGCAGGAGGAGCUGGAGAAGGUCACGGAAAAGCUGCGCAGGAUUCAGAGCAACUACAUGGCACUGCAAAGGAUCAACCAGGAGCUGGAGGACAAGCUGUACCGCAUGGGGCAGCACUACGAGGAAGAGAAGCGAGCUCUUAGCCACGAGAUUGUUGCCCUCAACAGCCACCUGCUGGAGGCCAAGGUGACCAUUGACAAGCUGUCGGAGGACAAUGAGCUCUAUAGGAAGGACUGCAAUCUAGCGGCCCAGCUGCUGCAGUGCAGCCAGACCUACGGCAGGGUCCAUAAGGUGUCCGAGCUGCCAUCAGAAUUCCAGGAGCGCGUGAGCCUGCACAUGGAGAAGCACGGCUGCAGCCUGCCCGCCCCACUCUGCCACCCGUCCUACGCUGACAGCGUCCCAACAUGCGUCAUUGCCAAGGUGCUGGAGAAGCCUGACCCUGGCAGCCUGUCCUCCCAGCUGUCGGAUGCCUCGGCUCGUGACCUGACCUUCCGCGACGGGGUGGAGAAGCCGGGCCCCCGGCCCCCCUACAAGGAGGACAUCUACUGCAGCGACACAGCCCUCUACUGUCCCGAGGAGCGGCGGCGUGACCGGCGGCCCAGCGUGGAUGGGCCGGUGGCCGACGUGGGCUUCCUGCGGGCCCAGAAUUCCACCGACAGCGCGGCCGAGGAGGAGGAGGAGGCCGAGGCAGCCGCCUUCCCGGCCGGCUACCGGCACGAGGCCUUCCCGGGCUACGCGGGCUCCCUGCCCACAUCCAGCUCCUACUCGCGCGCCAGCCCUCUCUAUGCCAGCUACAAGGCUGACAGCUUCUCGGAGCGUGAUGACCUCUCCCAGGGCCACCUGGCAGAGUCCCGCUUCCUCCGGGCGGCCGGCGACCUGAGCCUCAGCCCUGGCCGCCCAGCCGACUCGCUGCCCAGCUACGCGGCCGGCGAGGGGGACCGGGAGAGGCUAGGGGUGCAGCUCUGUGGGGCGGGCGGCAGCCCCGAGCCCGAGCACAGCCCCCACAGCUCCAGGGACUCCUUGGAGCCCAGCUCCAUGGAGGCCUCCCCAGAGAUGCACCCCGCUGCCCGCCUCAGCCCCCAGCCGGCCUUCCCUCGGACUGGCGGCUCGGGGCUCAGCCGUAAGGACAGUCUCACGAAAGCCCAGCUCUAUGGAACCCUGCUCAACUGAGCAGCCGCGUGCCGGCCUCGGCCACGGCCACAGCCACCCCACACACCGGGUCCCGAGGGGUGCAGCCUCACCUCCCUGACCCCCAACCUCCCGGCCCCGCAAACAAGGACCCCUAUCCACCUAACCCAGUCGAGCCUGAGAGGGGGACCCCAACCCACGUGUCUCGUCCGCCCCUGCGCCACCACAGUGGAACGUUUUUCUCACACCAACAGCCUUCCCCACCUGAGAUGAGCAGUCCCCCCUUUUAUAAAGUGCAACUAUUUUUAUAGAGCAAAAGGGUCUUUCUUAAUGCUCUCGGCCUCCAGCCCCCUGGAUGGCAGCCUUGGCGUUUUCAACAUGAAGGUCCUUUAUUUUCGGGUGAGAGCAAGUGGGGCCUGCCCCUUGGAGGGAAGGACGGUGUCCUGUGGAGACACCCCAGCAAGCUAGUGACAGGGGAACCCUGAAGCUCUGCCCACAAAGAGGGGAACUGGAAUGGGUGAAGGGAUGUGAAACGUUUUCAGCUGUUCUUGCUGUGUGGCCGACCCCCCCAAGCUCUCCUGUGGUCCAUAGUCCCGAGUGGGGCCGGUGCUCGCCCCCCAGUGUCCCGCUCCCCGGCACCACCUCGCUCUACCUCAGAUGUAAUGAGGCCCUCUGACUCCCAGUUUCUGUAGCUUGCUUUCUUGUUGUCUGUGAUGCAUGCCCUGUCUCAGUACUGUAUUUUGCAUUCAUUAAUAAAAGACAUCAGUGGAAAGAA